UGAAGAGAUUGAUGAUAAGGGAUCCGAAGUGAUCUUGGCAAAACUUUAUGAUCAAUUGCAGGACUCUAUCGUGAUUAAAGAUGUUGACUCUGAAAUACAAAGUGCAGUUGACAGCGAAAUGAAAUCGGUUAGUGCUCAAGGAAGCAAGCAGGGAAAUAAUAGCAAUGGAUGGACAGAAGAAGAGGAAGAAGAUCAAGGAUUGGAGUUCCGGUUAUUUGCAUCACAGGAUGUCCCAACCGCUGUUUUGUUGACACAAAAGGAACCAGAAAUUUUCCAUGCUGUUCAUCGUGAACGUCCUGAUCUAGACGAAUCGCCAGGAUCUGAAAGGAUGCAACAUAUUGCGGAAGCAGUCAUUGACACGGCCACUGUUUUGAAUCAAUCUCGGGUCCCCUGGCCAAGAGCAUUUUUUGCUCACAAGGUCAUUCACGUUCCAUUUAAACAAAAGACUGAGUCUACUCAAAAGACUAAAAAAAGUAGACGGAAACGCGAAUGGGAGAAGAAAGUCAAAGCAGGUUUGAUCGAUCAGGCGACCAUUGAAGCAACAUCCAGGAAGAUAAAAGUUUCGGAAAGCUGGGGACGAAAACCAUUUCUGGUACGGAAAGGCCUCGAUCCAAAUACGAUCGAUGCUGGCACUAGAAAGAUAAUGAAGAAGGACUAUAACUCUUCGAUGAGAGGCAGAGGAGCACGAGGUGGAGGACGAGGAGGACGAGGAAUGGCUGCUCGUGGUCGUGACUAUAGUGGUGAUCGCGACCGUGAGCAUGGGGCAGACAUUCCAAGCGCCAUUGACAAGACGACUCAAACUCAACAUCAACAGAAAACCGCUGAUCAAAACAGUUUAUACGGCACAAAGAAGGACAACAAAAGUAGAGUGAAAGAAAUCAGCGAGCCUUCAAAUUCUGUGGAUCGUAAGAACAAAAGUACAGCGCAACCGGCAUCCUCAAAAGCAACAGCAUUAACAGCACUUGUGAUGUCUGCUACUACGCGUGCUGAAGCAACGCAGCAUGGCAUGAUCAAAGCACUUCCAAAGGAUUCACAGGCAGCAUCACUACCAAAGAAACUCAAGUCGAGUAAACAACCAUCUAAACUUGAUAAUAUUAUGGCGAUUCUUACUGGAAAGUGAACUGUG